AAAAGCACUUUUCUUUGGCGGGUUUUCUUCACUGCACUUCUGAGGUGAAGAGUCAACCCAUCCGUACCACCUCCGUCAGAUCGAAAAUCCAAUGACAUUCAGAUCCCAAAUUUAAAGAGUUGAGAGAGAAGUGAAACAAUGGCUGCUUAUCUGAUUCUGUUGACCCUCUUUUUAUCGCCACUCUUUACUCUCACUCUCAAAAUCAACAACACAAGAUUGUCGAGGCGAAGCUCAAAAUCGCUCGAUUAGAAUCUAUACUGGAAGAAAGCCUGCAGAAAUUUGAUGCAAAGAUUGAUUAUCUCAAGGAGCGCGACAACCUAAUUGAUGACCUAGCAAUUAAGAUUGCAGCUCUGCAAUUUCUCCUAUACAGUAUCAAGGAUGACUCGUCCCUUGUUGAGGAAAGAGUUUCUGCAUUGGAAGAAGAGAUGGCAGAAAUUGUUAAUGAACAGUGAUUCAAAUUCAACAUCUUGAGCAGGCUCUCCAUAUGACAGAAAUGAGAGCACUAAACAUCCAAAGGAAACUGAGGGUUACUAGAUGCAAACUCUUGGAGUUUGUCGAUGACCUAUCUGAAAAACAUCUUCCGAUGUUGUUUGGGGAUAUUCAAUUCCUAUUUUUCUGGUGGAGGGUCUACUUUGAGUUCCUAUGUCUCUCAAGCAGAACAACAAUUUAAGAGAUUCUUUUUGGCUUUUAAGAAGUUUCACCAUGAGUUGCAAGUAUUAAUCAAACAAGAAAUGGAAAAGAAUGAAUUGACUGCAGUUCUUGUCAAUGAGGAACUCGUAUCUUUUGUGGUAUGCCGUUUAUAUUGCUCAUUUGCCAACUAUUUUCUGUAUUAUGCAACCACAUUCCGUUUGUCUCUUCGAAUCACUCAGUGACAAAAUUCUGAAAUCCCAGGCAUCUGCAUUAAUCACAUUCCCAAUAUCGAUGGCUUGGAUGCUGCUCUCAUCAAAGUUCAGCUAGUUUUCUCUUUUAAAUAGCCAACUUCCUAUUUCAUGAAGAUGAUUAUAUUAUCCAAACUAGUCUACAUUUUCUUUUCAGUUAAUGCGAAAGGAUAGCUGAUUAGUUGAUUACUGUUACAACAGUUGCUUAUAUCAUAAGUUUCUUUGUAGAUGAUUCUAGGUGACAGCUGACAAUGUCUUCUUCGAUAAUUUUGGAUAGGCCCUUUUCCUGGCUCAGAUGAUCAGUUUUAAUUUUGGAGAUGAUAGCUUUAUGAUAUAUGCCCGGGUGAUCAAAAUUUUACAUGUAUACGAAAUUGAGAAAAAAUUUCGGAUUAGUUUUGCAUGUGGUUCGCACAAUUUUUUAUUUUCUUCUUGGCUUUGUAACUGUUAUUAUUCUCCCUCACUUGGUUUGAUGUUUGUUGGCUUUCAUUAUAUACACAUUUUCGGAGUAAUGCAAUGCAAUUUGACCCAUGAAUUGCAAAAUGAAAAUUUGCUCUCCAUUCCACUAAAUAUAUUUGGAUUUUCAGGCUUCAGCUAACUUCAGGCACUAACCCAAGAAAGAAAUGGUCAUGAUAAAUCCUUCACCAUAAGAAUCAAUCUGGAUUCAUUAUCCUGCGAGACUUAAUAAGCAAAAAAAAUUUCUUGUUUCUGUGGACAGAAAGAUAAUUUCACCAUAUAUGGCUUUAUCUACACAUUUCUGAUAUUUUCAGGCACUUUCAACCUCACCUGCUCAGCCCAUAGACUGAGACAAUGGAUGAGACAACAUGGGAACAGAAACUUCAAGCUUUAACCCACAUCUUAACCAGCCCAACAAACUCGCCAUCUCUCUACUCACAGUUCUUCAUCUCCACUCAAAUCCCUUGCUACAUCAACUGGAAUUAUCCUCCGAUCCUCUGCACCAGACCCACCUUCCCUCCUCUCCUUCUUCGGUGGGGUUUCUCUCUUUUCCUCAGAAGGGUCUCAAGAUUUGGACUUCCUCACACUUCUUGGAGGUCCAAGUGCCCCUACCAACAGCCUCCUCCUUUGAUCCUUGCUAAGGGCGUUGAGGAAGCACAGUGGGGCGAUGCGCAGAAAAGAGAGUAUGUUAGGAUGAGAUUCAAAAGGAAACGCCUUGUAAGUGAUGUGAAUCCUUUGAUUCCUACUUUAUUACCUAAUCUUUUGUUGUUCACUCUUUUGCUUUGGAACCCAUUUCCUGACGAGGAUUCUUGAGUUGGGUUUCUUCCAGUUUGUGUGAAUUAGAUUGUAAUGUUGUAAGGUAUCUCAAAUUUCAAGCUUUAUUUUCGCUGGUUUUA